AGGGGACUAAAUAAGAGAGAGAUGAGAGGGAGAGGGAGAGAGAUAGAGUCAGGCACGCGAUUCAAGGAGGAGAGAGAGCAAUUUAGUCACUUUUAGCAAGCCUCCUCAUUACUAAUGGACUAGAAAAUUUUUAAUCCCUUUAGUCACCCCUGUUUAGGAAACAGGUGACUAAAAAUGACUAAAAAAGGUGGUAUGUUGUUGGUGGUGAUGAUGGUAUGUUGCACACUCCUUAUUUUGUAGGAUCUUCCGUGGACUGAUCUUUUAUGUGCAUGCGUAUGCCAACAAAAUACCAUAUUCAUAUAAAAUUCAAAAUGAUCUGAAAAUUGUUACUUGAUGACUUAGAAAGUUAUGAGUCCUAGAGCACAGGAUAAAAAGACACAAUUACUAGCUUUGCAAAUAUAGAUAUUAAAAAAUACAAUUUAUUUGAAAAGGUACUCGACUAGUUUUUGCUAGUUUUUCAAUUGAUAAAAAACCAGCACAUCCACUAAUGAACACGGAGCGUGCAACUAAGCCCGGAAUAGUCAACAAAGUGCUCGUCCCACAAGAGCUCAAUGGUGAUAAAUUGGUCUAACCUCGUUCGUUUCUCUCAUUUUCUUCAUAAGGUGAAAAACACAACUAAAAAAGAGUCGUGGCUUUGACAUGAAAAAUAUGCCCCAAUACAACUAAACUGUAUAUGUCAUGUGCUACUCAUUUGACUCGGUUUGCCCUUAUGCAACAAAUGCUUAAAACUGUUAAAUGUGUUUCUGUUGUGUACCAACUAGUUGGCUGCAGACAUUCACUUGUGAAUGAUCGAGGCCGGGAUUUUCCUUUAUCUAAAAAAACUAUUUGGUUUGCGGGAUUCGAUUGCCAAAAAUUCAUCAAAAGGAGCAUGCAAGUGACCCAGAUAUUAAGGUAUCUUUUCAUUACUCCUCCCCUUGAGAAUGUUAUACCAAUCCAUUCAAUAUCGUGGAAAAUUAAAAGAAAACAAAUUAGCACAGUCCAACUCCAGCUGUAAAUGAGAAUCCUAGUUCUUGCAGCAUCGAUUCGACUCUAGCUGGUAUGAUUAUUGUUUAGCCUAACGGUAGCGUGACUCUCUUAUUUUCUUGAGAAAGGAAAGAAACACUAAUGAAACAUUGUGGAUCUAACAUGAUGUACACUAAAAAAAACCCCAGCUAAAUAUCUUUUUUUAUCAUAUAAUACUAAUGAUUUGCCUCGAAAUGGCUAAAUGUAUCUUGUGUUUACUCUAUAUCUGGCAUGAGAAAUUCGAUUUCUAUAAAUUUAAAAGAGGAGCCGGCACGUAACUCAGAUAUAUUAAGAUAUAUAGUGUAAUUUAUUAAUAAUUUUUCUCAUGAAAUCGAUUCCAAUCCUUUCAAUCACGUGGAAAAUUAGAGAAAAGCACUCCAAAUCGUAGCAGGUUGUUAAUUCUCGACUCAAUUUAUACAAAUUAUCUGGCAUGGUUUAGCCAAAAUCAAUUUAACACGAUCCGACUAAUCAAGCUAUGAAUCGGAGAAGUCACCCACCGUGUAGACAAAAUCGGAUCCGAUUAAUAACAAGUGGAACAACGCCAUGAAACCGCCGUAGCCGAUCAGAACAUAGGAAAAGGGGACCAGGCGCUCAGCAACAGCAGGUCACUCCACCGCUACCGCCCGGCUCGGCGCCGCGCGACCCCUCUCGUCGCGAGGCCUCGAGGGGGCCACUCUCCCACUCUCCUCUCUGCUGCCCGCUCCACCGAGCCGGGAAGGAAAUCCUCCGUCGGAGCCGCCGUCCUCUACUCCCCGCUCCGUCCCGGAACCGCCCCGCCCCGCCGCGCCGCGUGCAGUUGCCGUUUUCCAGGGAUUUCGGAGGGGUCUGCUGGUGGGUCGGAGGAUCCAAGCAGGGUAGGCGGCGACGUUGGAUGGGGAGGGGGGCCGCGGCGGAGCCACCGAGGGCGGCCGGCGCACGGAGGUACAGGGAGCUGGUACCCUGGCGCUUCCAGCGCGGCUUCGUCAGGGAGCCGCUCGAGCACGCCGCCUCCGCCAGCGCCGUAGCGCCCAGCCGAGGCGGCGGUAAGACUGUCGGCGAUCCGGGAACGGGAAAUUGCGGAUCGGGUGGGGCGCCGAGCAGCGGCGGUGAGACCGUCGGCGUCCGGGACGCGAGAGAUUGCGGAUCGGGUGGAGCGCCGAGCGGCGGCAAGAGCGGGGCGGUUGGUGGAGGAGAGCGGCAAUCGGAGGGAUGCACUCCCAGUCAGAGUUUGAAGAACCCUGAUGUGGAUAAUGGGGGUCACCCUGUACCCGAAAAUGCCUGCGAUCUGGGCAAGUCCGGCGGGGCGAAGAGCCCCCGAUUGGAUGACAAUGGAAAUAACAGGGACGCCAAUGUCGUUGAAGCUGGAGAGGACUGCAAUUUGGGGAGCGACAAUUGUGAUGGCAGUGUGAAGGACGCUGGUGCACAGGAUUCAAGGGGUACUGGCGAUGGAGCAGCUUGCGACCCUGAGGUGGCUGUGAGCAAUGUAGAAGUGAAGAAGUGCUUUGCUGAGGGUUUGAAGGAGUCUUUUGUGGAUCAGACUGGAUUAAAGAGCAAUGAUUCUUCUGCUUCAGGUCUCUGGUCGGAGGACCCAGAGAGAAAUGUUGGGUUGGGAGAUUCUGCUUGUCACACUGCAACAGAGCGUGGCAUGGGAGAUGUGGCGGCCAAGGAGAAUGAUGCAGCAGCCAAAGGUUGCAGCGCUGCAACUCCUGAUGACAAUGGUAAUGGAAUAUAUUGCCGCAAGGGGCGGAAGGCAGUCGUACCAUGGAGAUUCCAGGUUGGGUACAAGCGAUCAUUCUCCAAAGCUUUUGUCUCUGAUAAUGGAUCUCCUGAUUGUCCAGAAUAUGGGUUUGAUGACAGUUCAACUCCAGCAACUAGAAACAGUGUGCGGUACUAUGCAAGUUCUCAUUCUGGUGUUAGAGUUUCAGCUAUGCGUGACUUCUCCUCAGUGGAAGGUGCAAAUGAGACUGGUUCUGAAUGUAAGAAGAGGAAAACCAAUAAUGAUGAUCAGGAUAAAGGAACGCCAAAUAAUGGAGGUGUCAUUGUUAGAGAGAGCAUCAUGCGGUCUCUACAGGAUUUCCGUUUAAUUUAUCGGGAGCUUUUAGAUGAAGAGGAAGAGAAUUCGAGGGAAGAAGUGCUUAACGUGCGGCCUGAUCUACAGGCUUACAGAAUUUUCAGGGAGCGGUUUUCCACAGACUGUGAUGAUAAGAAAUAUAUUGGCAGCGUGCCUGGAAUCUAUCCUGGCGAUAUCUUUCAUUUGAGGGUAGAGCUUUGUGUUGUUGGUCUCCAUCGUCCGCAUCGGCUAGGUAUUGAUUAUACCAAGAGGCAUGAUGGGACUAGUGUUGCUAUUAGCAUUGUCUCUAAUGCACAAUCUUCCGACAGCAAUUAUAAUCUGGAUGUCUUGGUGUAUUCUGGAUCAGUGGCAGUUACAGUCAAUCAGAAGAUAGAGGGUACGAACCUGGCACUUAAAAGGAGCAUGGACACUAAUACGCCAGUUCGUGUUAUCCAUGGAUUCACCACUGUUAAUGAAAAAAAGAAAUUUCCUACUUAUAUAUAUGGUGGUCUAUACCAUGUUGAGAAGUACUGGAGGGUGAAAGAGUGUGAAGACCGUUAUGUGUACAUGUUCCGACUGAGAAGAAUGGAAGGACAGAAACACAUUGACAUCAAAGAAAUUCUGCAGACAGGGAAGUAUGGAUCAAACACUAGUGUUAUCAUCAAAGAUCUGUCCCAAGGACUGGAGAGGGUCCCAAUAUCUGUUGUUAACAAUAUAUCCACUGAGUGCCCAAUGCCGUAUCGCUACAUUUCACGCCUUCAAUAUCCCCGUAACUAUCGGCCAACUCCACCAACAGGCUGUGGUUGUGUAGGCGGAUGCUCAGACUCAAAAAAAUGUGCAUGUGCAAUAAAAAAUGGUGGAGAAAUACCUUUCAAUGAUAAAGGCCGUAUUGUAGAAGCAAAACCUCUCGUUUAUGAGUGUGGGCCUUCUUGCAAGUGCCCUCCUACAUGUCACAACAGAGUUGGCCAACAUGGCCUCAAGUUCCGGCUGCAAGUCUUCAAAACAAAAUCAAUGGGUUGGGGUGUGAGAACUCUUGACUUCAUACCAUCUGGAAGUUUUGUGUGUGAAUAUAUAGGAGAAGUGCUAGAGGAUGAAGAGGCACAGAAAAGGAUGACUGACGAGUACUUAUUUGCUAUUGGUCACAAUUAUUAUGAUGAAUCUCUUUGGGAGGGCCUAUCAAGAUCUAUACCCUCACUUCAGAAGGGUCCGAGUAAAGAUGAUGAAGCUGGAUUUGCUGUUGAUGCUUCAGUGAUGGGAAACUUUGCAAAAUUUAUCAAUCAUAGUUGCACCCCCAACCUCUAUGCACAAAACGUCCUCUACGAUCAUGAAGACAUCAGUGUGCCUCAUAUCAUGUUCUUUGCUAGUGACGAUAUUCGGCCCCAUCAAGAACUGGCAUACCACUACAACUAUAAAAUAGAUCAGGUUCACGAUGCCAACGGUAACAUCAAGAAGAAAAAAUGCCUUUGUGGUUCAGUGGAGUGUGAUGGCUGGUUGUAUUAAGUUUAGAAUGUGGAGUAUUUUUGGCAUAGCUGAACUUGUUUCAUUUAGUCUGCUUUUAGAUUUUUUUAUGGCUACAACUGCAAGAUGGACAUCAAUGCUUUGGUUAUCGAUGGGGUAAGGUUUUUCCUUCGUUCCCAUCCUAUUCGUUAUUUUGUAUGUCUAGCAACAAAUGUGUAGACAAUUGUGCACAUAUACAGCCCAAUCAGUUUGUGGACUUUCUAUUUUGACAA